UCAUCAGCGAAAUUUUUUUUUUUACAAUCAUCAUCAUAAACCGAACAAAAAAAAAAUUAAAUUGGACAUGCGUUGUAAAUUCGCUGUAUAUUUUUAAUUCAUGAUGAAGCUACCAGGAUUGAAAUUAGACGACGACGACGACGACUAUGUCCACAAAACAUAUACACACACACACACACAAUUUAUAUGCUAUGAAUCGAAUCGAAUCUUGAAUAUUAUUGCCAAGGUUUUUCCAGUCUUUUUUUUUGUUUGAUUAAAGAUUAUAUUUGAUUCAUCAUUGAUGAUGAUAACGUAUGUUAUAAAAUUCCACAUUUCAAUGUAAUCUUAUUCCAGCAAUGUGUUUGUGGUGGUGGUGGUAAAAUUUGAUGGAAUGAAUGAAUGAAUGAAUGUUCUUUUGAUUGAUCGAUUGUUUAUCUUACCCAUUUGAUUUGGAUAUAAAUCAUCAUCAUUUUGAUUAACAUUGUAACAUUUUGUUUGAAAAGACCAAAAAAAAAAUUUAUUCUACUCCCACAAUAAUAAAAUUUAUUGAUUAUUGAUUUUCAUUGGAAGAAAAAUGCUAGAAACUGAAGAAUUAAAGAAUCAAAUUCAACAAUUGGAUCGCUGUAAUAAUCAAGAAAUUGAUUCCAUAUGUAAAUCAUGUCAUGAUUUUCUACGCAAAGGUUCAAUCGAUGUUACCCAUGAUGGCCAAUUGAUCCGAAGCCUUUUAUCAUUCACCAUACAGGCUAUAAAACUUGAAUUAACCGAAAAUGAUAUCAAACAACGAUUAACGGCAAUGAAUUGUAAUCCAUAUUUUAUGGAACAAUAUACAAAAUUUUAUCAAACAUGUCAACCAAAUCUAUCCACAGCAUUGAUUAAACGAUCAUUAAUGUGUUCCAGUUAUGAUCAUUAUGAUCAUAUACGAUGGCGUUUUGAAAUCAAAUUGGCUAGUAAAUAUUGCCGGGAACAAUUUCAGCCAAAUAUUUUGCUCAGUUUUUACACAAAAAAUUCACAAAAUCAAAUGAAAAGAAUCCUCAUCAAUUGUACAGUGGCCGAUAUAUUUUAUAUUUAUAAAAAAAUUCGUGAAAUUAUCGAUUCGAAUAAUUCAUUUUAUUGUACGAAAUUAUUGAGAAAUAUUAAAUUGUAAUAAAAAUUACUUCUUUUUGAAAAAA